AUGAGAAGCGAGAGCUCUGUUGAGGCGAUUUCCAACGACAGCUUACGGCAUUCAAGGCGAUUUCUGACACAUUCUAACGGUAGAUCAAGCGAUUUCAGACAUAGCAAACAGCAAGCAGGGAGAAUUCCAACAAAGGCGAUCGGUAAUAUAGUUCGUGAUCUUUAUAGAGCUCGAUUUAAGGUACCGUUCGGCACCCUUAGUUAA